AUGCAGUCUAUGCCAGAAAAUUUAAAAACUAAAUAUUCUGAAAACAUUGCAUGGCGAAGGUUUCUUGCCAUUUCAUCCUUGUGGGAUAAUCGUCUAAAUCCUUCAUCCCACAGCCCUCAUGAUCAAGAAUCGCUCCACAUGUCAACUCUUUAUGAAAUCUACGAUGUUUUCGCUAAAGGUGCUUCACCAGGCUACAUCAAUGAGCUUCGAUUGGCUCACAUCAAGAAAUUCUUUGAUAAGCAUCGCAUACCACUUUCUAAACAACUUUCACAUUCUAUACCAUCCAGCAUUGAUCAUACCUUACCCGCAGACUCCCAAGCAACUGAUCGUUUUCACACUUUAUAUAAUAAUUCUAGAGAUAUACCUAAAAUCGAGUCUGAAAUACUGAUCAACACGAUUCGGUCAAUUGUCAAGGACUACGCAGCGUUUGGUCAAACCUCACAAUCAGAGCUAUCUACACUUGUUUCAGAUCACCUUAGUCGAGGAAGUGUUUUUAUUGCUGCAGAAAUACUGCAAAACAUGCGAUCGAAAGGAAUCAGUCUUGAUCCUUCAGCUGCUCACUCUAUAUUCACUGCCUUGGACUCUUCACAAGCAGAUAAUUUUAUUCCGUACCAUUUGGAUAGUUUACACACAUCUGUAACCGAAUACCAACAAGAAACAUCAAAAAGCAACCCACAAGUCGCCGACGCUCUUAAUUUACUAAAAACCUACUGCUCAAGCUCAUCAACAUUUUCAAAAGCGAAAUCUCUAUUUGAAAAACUUCCAUUCGCAGAACUGAAUAGUGCUACUGCAAUACUAAAAAGCCAUGCAUUUAUGAUUGACUCUAUUGCCCUGUUCAAACAAGAUUUAGAGUUUGCUGAACAGAUAUUUAAUGACGUUUCUUUCAAAUACAAACUGGUGCCUGACAUGGACGUUUAUCGGUCAAUGCUGCAUGCAUAUGUUGUUCUAGGAAGUCUAGAGCAGGUGCAUGCAUUUCGAGACACGUUGGUUCAAGCUGGCAUUCGGUUUGAUCAUUAUAUUUAUAAUCUACUUAUACGAGCUCAUGCCGACCGAGAAGAUGGUGCAGGCGCCGUUGCAUUUCUAAACAUGGCUGAAUCAGAAGGAAUUAUUCCAACCAUAGGCAUGCUAACAUCUACGCUUUUGGCUUAUGUUCGAAGCGCUGACGAUAAUGCUAUGAGACUGGCCGAAUCUUUUUUUUAUCAGCGUAUUCAGGGAAAGCAUCACUAUGGUGUUCAGGUUUUUAAUAUACUAAUGGAUGGAUAUUCUCGGCGGAAAUUGCUUUAUCCUAUGAUGUUUUGGUUCGAACAGCUACUUCUCCAUAACUGCCGUCCAGAUGAAUUCACAUACAGUAUCUUUAAAUACGUUGUAUUCUCUAAUUCGCCUGACAUCUCGGAUACCAUGCGUGACAACUUUGACCAAAAUUUUGAAAAGCAGUCGGGCAUUUCAGUACUUAAACUGCGUAGCAUCUAUUCCGAAACAAUCGAAUUCAAAUAUCGACUGCAUGCAAUAGGAAUGUCAGAUGGAUUGGAUUGGUUUGAAAAGAACAUUCAAGGAACGUCUUAUGCUCCUACUUUGGUGACGUACACUAUAUUGAUGGCUUUGCAUAUUAGAAAUAGUAACCAUAAGGCUGCACUGCGCGUUUACAACAUGAUUCUUUCUUGCGGAUUCAAACUUGACGAGCAUGUCUAUCAUCAGCUAAUUCAAGCUGGUUUACUGUCUACGAAUUGGUACAUGAAGGCAUUUGAUUGUUUUGAAAAGAUGAUUGCUGAAAGACUUCAGCCGCUUCGUGUAACCGUUGUUUCAUUGCUACGCAUAUGUAUCAAACAUAGACUUACAGAACAGCUUGAAAGAGUUGUGUCGAUAACGUUUAUCCGAAAUCCUAUUUCGUAUGAAUUAUCUUUUUAUAUGCUUGUAUUUGAAAUACUUGUCCGGGCAAAUAAUUGGAACUCUGCUACUGAUGCUAUUUGUAUUAUUCUACGACAGAUAUUGACACGGCAGCGAGGACCCAAAACAGCUGUCAUUCAGCCGCUAUUAGUUAAAGCUGUGACUUGGUCCAACGCCGAUGUUGUGUUUAUGAUGGGCCAAGUGAUUGUACAAACCAGAAUACUACUUCAAAAAAUACCUGCUCUAGAUAUUCUCAAUGCAAUGAAUACAAUGCUAAUCCACUCAUCGUCUUUGCCGCUGCAUUCAUAUGAUGCUUCUCAAAGCAAUUCUUCACUUGAGCUGACCCAAGACAACGAUCGUUCCGUGAUGAUGCGUCCAUCGCUUCUAUCAAGUUUCAAUACGCUUCCUAUUGCCCAAUCACACGUUCAUUCUAUGGCAGAGUUUAUUCUUUAUACCAUGCUGUUUCCUACACAAAUCCAACCAACACAUAUCAAGAGUCUAUUACAAAAUCUCGCAGACCAAAAGCUAUUUCAAAUCAUACAUGACUUGUCUAUAUUAGUUUUAACACCAGAUGUCAGCACGAUGGGGUAUCCAACACAGCAGGAAGUCAAAGAUUAUCAAGCUGGAUGCGAUAGAUUUGUUGGAAACACACUGCAGAUACUGAGUCUGGCACAUGGAUGCGAAAAACUAACUCGAAGCUUAUGGGAACGUAUAGUGACCUCCAACAUUGCUGAUUCAUCUAUCAAUCAAUCAAAGCCAUCGGUAUCGCUUUUAUUAUCACGACAAGGCACUACACCAGCAUGGAGAUAUACUCCCACUGAUCAGAUUGUGUGGAAAUACUUUCAAAUCCUGGUCAAAUGGAGACAAAUGGAUGAAGCAUUGGAAAUGGUGACAAAUGGUUUGGAGCAAAUGAGGUUUCCACCGUCUGAAAAACUAUUCAAACUUGUGAGGAAUUGGUUUGAAGCGGAGGGUUUGCAUGCACAAGGGAAAUGUUAUAUAGAUUUUUGGAAAUUAAAGUGGCCUGAAUGGGUUCUGUAG